UUUGAGCAAAAAAAUGCUGACAUUGAAGUUUCAAUUGCUAGUUGCCGUUUCACUUUGGCUGUUGGUGUUUACCCACGCCGAGAAGCCACCGUGUGAUCAAUUAGAUUCCAAAUAUCAUCCGCAUGAAUGUCGACCAAGUUGUCCCACAGCCGAUCCACGCAAGACACGCAAAGGUGAUAAAGUCAUCGAAAAUGUAACAGACAAAGGCACUUGCGAAGAUGGAUUGAAAUGUUGUGUAUUGUGGUAUUAUGAUGACUUCGUUGGGGAUUUAGUAAUGGUCGAUUCAUUAGAAAAGAGGCAGAUAGAACCAUGGUAAACGGUAAAAAAUUUUAAGUGGGGCACACAACACAAUGGAAUAUAAAAAUGUUUGA